AUGGCAGACUUACUUAAACCAGGAGCAACCCAGGAAAAGGCCGAUGAAGCAAGGACAUCUUUUUUAGUUGGAGCCAUUACAGUGUCUGGGAUGGUAAAGAGCACUCUUGGCCCGAAAGGCAUGCUAAAGUUGCUUUACACGCAGAAUGGGCAGCCAAUAAUAACAAACGAUGGUGCAACUGUGCUGAAGAACAUUGUGCCGGCUGGUGCCUCAUCGAAGAUAUUGAUAAAUGCAGCAAAGGAGCAUGGAGAAACAGAGGGGGAUGGGACCACUACUCUAACAGUAUUGACUGGAGGGCUUUUGCAUGAGGCAGACAAGCUUAUAUUCAAGGGCGCGCACCCAUACAAGAUUAUUGCAGAGUACAGAAAGGCGCAUAAAAAAGCAAUGGAUGUGCUAAAAAGCAUAUCAAAGGAGUGUGCGGAUGACAAAGAGCGGCUUGCUUUGGCAAAGACCACACUAUCAUCCAAGUUCUCGCCAAUUGAGCUGCAGUCACUUAGUGAGCUGGCGCUGAAGGUAUCCAAGAAGAUAGGAAAGAAGAUUGACAUGCUGAAUAUAAUAAAAAUAGAAGGGGGUGAGGUGAGCGAUUCAUAUAUGCACGAUGGUUUGCUUAUUGAGUGUGAUAUUGGGCCAGGCCAGAAAGAUGCAUGGGACAAUCCGCGCGUGUUAAUAAUUAACACUAGCUUAGAUACAGACAAAGUCAAAAUUUUCGGGUCAAAAGCCGCAGUCACGUCUCCAAAAGAGCUAGAGAAGCUGGAAAUGGCAGAAAACAAAAGAAUGAGCGAGAAAGUGCAGAAAAUAUCACAGCAUGCAGAUGUAAUAGUGAACAGACAGAUAAUUUACGACUAUCCCACUCAGGAGUUCACAAAGCAUGGAAAGACAAGCAUAGAGCGGGCAGACUUUUCUGGAGUAGAAAUGCUUGCAAAAGUAUUGGAUGGAAGGAUACUUAGCACAUUUGAUUCUGUUGUAGAGAGCGAUGUAGGUAGGUGCGACCGAUUUGAGCGGGUAAAGAUGCAGGAAAGAGUGUUCUGUUCAUUCACUGGGGGUCUUAAAGACGGUGCAUGCUCUAUUGUAAUAAGAGGGCCAUCCAAAGAAAUACUUGAAGAGUGUGAGAGGUCUCUUGUUGGAGCAAUUAAGGUGCUCAUGAACACGUCCGACAGAUAUGUCUUUGGAGGAGGCAGUGCUGAAGCAGCAGUUGCGCAUCUGAUCCAUCCAACAACAGAGGGAGAAAGGGCAUAUGCCAGGGCUCUUCUAGAGAUAACAAGAAGUCUAGCAGAGAAUGCAGGCAUGCCUUCAGAUGAAAUAGUUGAUAAAAUAUCAGAGUACAACAGCCAGGGAGCACAUUCGUACGGAAUAGGAAGCAAUGGCCCAGAGUGUAUGGAUGCGCACGGUGUAAGAGAGUCUCUCCGACUAAAAGAAAUCAUCUGGAGCAAAGCAGCUGAAACCGCAGAGGUGCUUCUUCGGUGCGAUAACAACAUCAAGUGCCGUCCAAGAGAAAGAGUCCAGGAAUAGCCAGACCUGCACCCAAAAUAUCAAGAAGUAUUUACACGCCAUACUAAAUGAAGAAACAGGAGGUAACGUGCAAAUAUAAAUAUGCAAAAAGGACAGGAAUAUAAUAAAUAAAGAAGAUGUGGCA